UUCAAUGUGCGAUAUUUUAUCAAGAAGUUGAGAGAAACAAAAAGCAGAUGGCCGAAAGAGGAAGAAACAGCGGCGAGCUACUCAAAGCUCAAGCCCACAUAUGGAACCAAAUAUUCAAUUUCGGGAAUUCUUUCAGACUCAAAGCCGCAGUUGAACUAGGCAUUCCAGAUGUCAUCCACAACCACGGCCAACCCAUGAAACUCUCAGACCUUGUUGCUUCGCUUCCCAUCAACCCAGCUAAAGCUCACUGCAUCCCCCGCCUCAUGCGCGGCCUCGUUCAUUCCGGCUUUUUUCUCGAGAAAAAAGCCUCAGAAAAUGAGCAAGAAAGUUGUUUUUCUCUCACGCCCACUUGCCACCUUCUCUUGAAGGACAAUCCCUUCGACUUAUGUCCAUUCCUGCUCGCCGUGCCGGAGCCCUGUUUUAUAAAUUCAUGGCGGUCUUUGAGCACUUGGCUCCAGAACGAUGAUCCUAACACAACUUUUAACACUGCGAAUGGGAUGCCAUUUUGGGAUUAUCUUGGCCUUAAUCCGACGGUGAACGAUAGGUUUAACGAGGCAAUGGCUGCUGAUUCGAGAUUGAUUGCUAGCGUGACGGUUCGAGAGUGUAAGGGAGUGUUUGAGGGGGUGAAUUCGGUGGUAGAUGUUGGAGGCGGCACCGGAACUAUGGCCGCCGCCAUUGCCGACGCGUUCCCACACUUGAAGUGCACGGUGUUUGAUCAAACGCAUGUAGUUGGAGAUUUACAGGAGAGUCAGAAUUUGAAGUUCGUGGGUGGAAACAUGUUUGAGGCCAUUCCUCCUGCAGAUGCAAUUCUGCUCAAGUGGAUUUUGCACUCUUUGAGUGAUGAAGACAGCAUCAAAUUAUUGAAGAAAUGUAAAGAGGCAAUUCCAAGCAAAGACAAGGGGGGAAAGGUGAUAAUCAUAGACAUGGUGUUGGGAAUCGAAAAUGGAGAUCAUGAGUCCAUUGAGACACAACUCUUCCUUGAUAUGCAAAUGAUGAUUAAUGUGGGUGGUAAGGAGAGAAACAAGAAAGACUGGGAAGAGUUGCUUUGCAAAGCUGGUUUUAGUGACUAUAAUAUAUUUCCAGUUUUAGGGUUAAGGUCUCUCAUUGAGGCAUACCCUUAAUCAACUCAGCAUAGUUUGUUUCAACAAAUAAGUGAAUUACAUGCAUACAUCCUAUUUUAGGAUUAAGGUUUCUCAUUUAGGCGUAUUGUUGAUGAACUCAACAUUGUUUGCUUCAAUAAUAACUUAUUCUAAUUCAUUUGAGAUGUCAAAA